UUCGUUGUUUUUGUGAUGUAUCAAAUAAUUCACCCGUCAAAUAUGUCGAGAACUUCAUCGAGAAAUAUUCGAGCAACGAAUCCUUGUUCCAAGGUUUCUUGUUUUUACAAUUCCUUGUGUGUUAUCGAUCCGAGCACAGAUGAACCAAUUUGUGAAUGUCCGAAGAAUGAAUGUGAUGGCGUUGCUUCGUUCCCUGUAUGUGCAGGUGGAAUCACAUUCAAGAGUGCGUGCCACGCACAAACUUAUAUGUGCGAGGCCCAGAAAUGGUUGACAAUACAGCACGUUGGACCAUGUGGAGUUCAGGAAUGUGGACCAAAAAAAAACUGUCCAUAUAACGGGGAAUGCGUGGACGGCACAUGCGAAUGCCAAGAGUGCGAUGAAUCAGAACGACGAAAAUUUCUAGAUAUUGGACCGAUGCGACACACAUCGGUUUGUGGAUCAGAUGGGAUAACUUAUGAAUCAGAAUGCCAACUGAGAUAUCAGUCCUGCAUGUCAAGAACUCUUAUUUUAAUUCAAAGACAUUCUGCUUGUCAUAGGCGUGUCAAAUCGCCGGUGGCACGUAAUGCUCCUUUGAGGUCAUUGUACAACCAUUUUGAAGUUUGGCAGAAGACAUUUGAUAAAUCAACACCAAGCGUACCAACCGCCAGAUCGGUAAACGGCAUCAAUUUUGACACUUCCGAAGGGCCUUGUUCCAAGUUUGAAAUUUAUGGCUGUCUUCAUGCUCGACACCGGAGGGCACAGCAUCUUGGAAUUUAUUCUCUGGUGCCGAAACGACAGCAACUGGGUUCACCUGUCUACGUUAAAAAUACGUUAUUCAGGGCGACGUGGAGGCCGGUUUAUCUUUCAAGAUAUAAUUCUUCUCGGUUUAUAAAUGGGACUUGGGUUGUUGGAUCUAAGGUUGGAUCCGGACUCGGAUGGUUUGGAGUCAACGAUCAAGCCACAGAACCGGAGUUCAUAACGGGAAUUUGGUUUUCAACAUCUGGUAAUAGGUUAAAGCCUUGGCGGCCCGAGCCGGAGGUAGCAGGUCGAUGUGUUGGAGCUGGUUAUGGUUCGAAAUCAAUGGAAUGCAAUCUCGGAGAUGAACGUGGGCCAUUGGGAACGAACUGGCAAUCUGCAAACCUUGAAACACCUUUGUACGAACUUGAAUUAAAAAGACCAUACGGAGAAAAUCUUUACCAACCAAAAGGGAAAUUGAUUGUUGAAAUAUUCACAAACAACCGAGCUUUAAGAUUUAAGUCGGUCUAUUUAUCAAUACACAACGACGCUGGAGAUUGCGGAUUACCAAUAUUGAAACGGGCAAGACACAAAUUUAAUUCUCGUUGUGGCGGAAAGAUAUUAUCAAGGACGGGGAAAAGAAUGAAACGAAUUGUUUUCCAAUUUAUAGCGCCACCGCGAGGCUGCUUAACAUUCAGAGCUCUCUUGAUAUCUGUUACUGGCGAAGUAUAUUACGAUAACAACAUGAAAGGAUCAUUACAGCCGAGGCCACUUACAAGAAAGAUUUGCCACCAGGGAUACCGAAAGCCACCGAUUAUUUCUGAGAAUUUAUAGAUGGUAUGGGAAGCGGACAGAAACAAGGAUGAGAAAAUUAUACGUGAAACAUUAAGAUGGAUGAAAGAUAAACAUAUCAACAGCGUACUUUCAUUGCCUUGUAAUCUAUCUAAUACUCUUAAUCGUGGCAUAUUAGAAUUAUACAAAAUAAAUGCUACAGCUAAGACGGAAGAAUGAGAUUAAAUAAAAAUGCGUUUCCCCAUCAUUGCGUGCACUGCGGUGGAUACUACCACCUGCUGAUUUAAGCACCAUGUACACUUGUCAUCGUCAAUUGCAACAAAAUUGAAACACGUUAUAUUCUGGCCAGAGUCAUGGAGCUGCGUAAGAGUUGUAUCCAAUUGACAAAAAUGAAUCUUAAAAUCCGGAUUCCAACUUAUGAGUCUACAAUCCGCAUUCUGUAACGGAACCAUAUUUCACUUUCAUAUUAUUUUCCUUCACUUUUUAAUCAUAAAAUUCAUAAGUUUUGUACAUUUUGCUA